UCUCUCACUAACAAAAAAUGAUGAUGAAAGGAAAGUGUUUGCUCCUUGGGACAAAGGAGGAUCGUCUUCCCCCAUACGGGUCAAGUUGUUGCACGAGGAUUGUCUAAUAGCUCAUUAUUGGCUCAGCCGCCUCCAGCACACUUUUCCGCUUUGACCACUGGAGGCUCCCAGCAGCUUAUGCGUCACUUCAUCUCUCGGUCGCUGAUCAUGGCGGAGCUACAGCCGCGGCAAGAAGUGGAGCCUGAACUUCUCAAUGGGGACGACUUGAACGAGGACAGAGAAGAUGCGGACACCUCGGAGUCGGUGAAGAGAAAAAGAAGGAAGAAGAAGAGGAGCAAGACCACAGCAUCAGCAGGGACGAAUGAGGCUGAGGGGGACGGCGACGCCGGAGGUGUUGGUGAUGUGACAAAACAUUUGGAGCAGCAGACGCUGGAGGACAAAGAGAGAGUUGAGGAUGGAGAAGAAGAUGGAGAAGAAGGAGAGAACUCAGCUGGAAAAAAGAAGAAGAAGAAGAAGAAGAAGAAAGGAGUGAAGGGACAGACUGACCCUCCCUCAGUCCCUAUUUGUGAGCUCUAUCCCAGCGGAGACUUUCCAAAGGGAGAGGAGUGCGAAUACCCCCCAUCAAAAGACGGGCGCAGUGCAGCGUGGCGGACCACCAGCGAGGAGAAGCGGGCGCUGGACAGGGCUAAUGAGGAGAUGUGGAGUGAUUUCAGGCAGGCAGCUGAGGCACACCGACAGGUCCGCUCCUACGUCAUGAGCUGGAUCAAACCGGGGAUGACCAUGAUUGACAUCUGUGAGAAGCUUGAGGACUGCUCCAGGAGACUCAUCAAAGAGAAUGGGCUGAGCGCGGGCCUGGCCUUCCCCACCGGAUGCUCCAUCAACCACUGUGCGGCGCACUACACCCCUAACGCAGGAGACCCCACCGCACUCCGCUACGACGACGUCUGCAAAAUUGACUUUGGGACACACAUCAACGGUCGAAUAAUAGACUGUGCCUUCACCGUCACUUUCAAUCCAAAGUAUGACAGACUGCUGGAGGCUGUGAGAGACGCAACCAACACUGGAAUCAGGUUUGCCGGAAUUGAUGUGCGCCUCUGCGACGUUGGCGAGACCAUUCAGGAGGUGAUGGAGUCUUAUGAAGUGGAGAUAGACGGGAAAACAUAUCAAGUGAAGCCAAUCAGGAACCUCAAUGGCCACUCUAUCGGACAGUACAGGAUACACUCAGGGAAGACCGUCCCUAUUGUAAAAGGCGGAGAGGCCACGAGGAUGGAGGAAGGUGAAGCUUAUGCCAUUGAGACAUUUGGCAGCACUGGAAGGGGUGCAGUCCACGAUGACAUGGAGUGUUCACAUUACAUGAAAAACUUCAACGUCGGACACGUGCCGAUAAGACUUCCAAGGGCUAAACAUCUGCUGAAUGUGAUCAAUGAGAACUUUGGUACUCUGGCUUUCUGCCGCCGCUGGCUGGACCGCCUGGGGGAGAGCAAGUACCUGAUGGCAUUGAAGAAUCUGUGCGAUCUCGGCAUCAUAGACCCCUACCCACCCCUCUGUGACAUCAAAGGCAGCUACACCGCCCAGUACGAGCACACCAUCCUACUCAGGCCCACCUGCAAGGAGGUAGUAAGCCGGGGGGACGACUACUAAGCAUGCGCCGGAAGCGAAGGAGGCGAACCAUGCGGAGCACGACGGCUCGGAGACGACAAACCUCUACAGACUGAGAGCGAUUAUGCAAUACUUCUCAUAAAUUCUCAUAAAUUUACCUUUAGGUAAUUGUUUUAGCAAAGCAAAAGACUUGACAUGGCGGUAGCUUACUAGUACUUUUGAUUUCCCGAAAGGAUCAAGCCAAUUAUCUUUAAAAACAUGUAGUGUUGUCAUUUAAGUUGUACUUUCAUGUGCUGCUUUUAGGAAAUAUGCAAAAGAAAUUUAUGCAAAGGAAUAAUGCAAAAAAGGUUUCGGUGACCACCUCACCUAAACAUGCUAUGCUUUACUGCCUUGUUAAGAACUCGUGAGGAAAAAAAAAAUCAGCUAUGAAAUAUUUAUAUUUCUAUAUUUCUUUGCUUUAUUUUAAUUUGAGGCAGUUUUAUAAGAAAUAAAUUGUUAUAAAUCUGGCA